AUGUCGCUCGGCUUCAGUGUCGGUGACAUAAUCUUGCUCUCGCAACUGUCCUACAGCCUUUACGGAACGUUGAAAUCAGGCAGACAUAAUGCAAGUCGCGACUUGAAGGAACUGGAAGACGUCCUAUUUGGGCUGCGUUGUGCUCUGGAUCAUCUACGCAAUGUAGCGUGUGACAUCUCAAAGGCAGCUUCAGCAUCUGCAUCAAGCGACAGUUAUGGGCGGGAAAUGCAACAGGCGUUGCAUCAAAUGAUACAUAACUGUUCAAUCACUCUCGAAGAUCUACACAAUGCCACCAAGAAAUACCGCGAUGGCGCCUUGGUGACUCUGAUUCCGGCCGAUGCCAGAAUAGACGCGGUACCUGAGGAAUGCGAUCGCCUCCAACUGGCCAAAGAUCCGUUGGGUCAUGGAUAA